AUGGCUCACCCUGUUGAAGCUGUGAAGGACAUCAAUGAUUCAAAGGACUUAUGGAAGAUAGCUGUCAGGUGUAAACAUCUGUGGACUGUCACCAGUGCUUCAAACAAAGAACACUUGGAGAUGAUUUUGGUUGAUUCAAAGCUCGACAUUGAAAAAAAUGAACUUUCUGACAUUCCGUUGAACUAUUUUAACAUACUUGGAUUGGAUGCAAUAGUUGAUGGGAAAUUUGAGUCAAAUCUUUUGGUUGAUAUUAUUGGAGGAGUUACUAAGAUAACUCAAUCACAGAUAAUUGUUGAUAAUAACAAGAGAAAAGUUGUCUUUACAUUGACUGACUUGAGGUAUGUUGAAUGUACUUUGAUCUCCGCAGUACAAUGUACCUUUAAUUAA